AUGUUGAAACAUGCCAAAGGUCGAGGCCAGUAUCAGGGCUGCUUCAGUGAGUCCAAGUGGGGGGGGCGACGCAAGAUAUAUCGCUGGGAUCUUUUUGUGGCUUGUGCAGAGAGGAUGUCUAAGAGGAUGUGCGAAGUUCCAAAUGUCCUUCGACCAGUGCUGGGGAUCAAGGGUUUGAAAGCCGCGGGCCGUGCAGUCAAGAAGGGAGGUGCCUCCACCGCCUGCAUGCCAACCCCGUUGGCUCUGGGCAUUGAGAGCAUUGUUCUUGAUCGCAUCCAGGCCGGUGAACAAGUUACGCAUGACUAUGUCUCCAAACUCACCGUGCACAUGGCUGGUCAGUGGAACCAUCAUAUUGAGAAGUUUCGCGAGCAAGCGGUAGAGGCUCUGGGGCAGUGGGCAUUGAAGGACGUCGACAACCAAUUGAGUACCGAGGCAUCAAAUGAACAGAUCGAAGCUUCCCAGCAGAUGGCGGCUGAGGCAAUGCAGGAUGCGAUGCAAGCUCUGCGACCCUUUGAGUUCAGCUUGCAUCCAAAGGCAUUGCAGCUGGAUAUUGAAACAAGCCUCCAUGCUGAUGCGUGGGCUCUCGAGCAGAUUCAGAAGUACCAGGGAGGAAAGCUUGUGCUUCAAGCUUGGAUCCAUCGAGGCAUGACAUCCUUUGAAGAUUUGGCUGAAUGGCGCUUUGAUGGAAAUCUAGAAGCUGCAAAGCAGUCACUAGAGAACACGCAGGGUGCCAUGCAAGCAUUGUAUUCUUUGGAUGAAUUGCCAGCCCUCGAGUCUGCGGACAAGGAAGCUGUGAAGCAGUCACAACAGGAGCUUUUGGAGGGCGAAUUUGCUUCAGCCUGGUCAAUACAAGCUUUAGAGGACGGCAGCCAUCCGAUCCCGUUGCCUGAUUGGUUUCAGCCAGCUAUCAACCGCACAAUUUUGAUCUGGAAGAAGGAGGCCAGUGUUUGGGAGUCUCGCUUGGCAAAGCGUCAGCAGAACGGCAAGAACUUCUACACACCAAAGCAACAGGAGGAGUUUGAUGACUGGAAGAAGACUUGGUGCAGGCGCAUCAUCCUGGAUAAGCGGAAGAAAAUCCAGAUCCUAAACUUCCAGAAGAAGAACCUCUUAUCAGUGCGUGGCCACUGCUUGGUCCUUGAAGUGCAGCUGAGCCAUGAAGCAACUGACUUAAAGAUUCGAUCUGGAAAUGGGCCCUUCUUCCAGCUUAAACUUCUGCAGGUGCAGGCACCCACCAAAGAUCUGCCACCAGAGGUUGAUCAAAGUGGGGAUGACAUGCUAGAAGAUUGCUGCAAUGACGACCAGGACGAGGUAGAGGAAGAGCAUGAGUUGGAUGAGCGUGAAGCCGUCAUGCAGGUGGAUGAGUGUGAAGAGGCAUCCCCUGUGGAUUUGGACGGGUUUGAGUUCCAUUGCUGUAGCGAGGACAGUGAGAAUGAGGAUGCAAACCUCGUGCAUGGUGCUCGCAAGCGCGUUCACACUGCUGAGGAAAGGGAAGAAUUCAAAGAAUUGAAGGCCAAGGGUCUCACUUUGAGGCCGCCAGGCACCACUGUCGGGGUUCACCCACAGGCACGUGUGUGGCGCGCGUAUUGCCAAGAUUCCACGUAUUUUGGCCGCUCAUGGGGUGGCACCUCAGGCCGGAGCCCGAAGCAGGCGCUCCUGUUGGUGUUCAGGCUCAUGUUGGGAGAGCAUGUGAAGCUCAACCCAGCCGACCAUUUUGCUAGGAAGCAAUGCGACCGCGUGCACAAAGCAUGCAUGGAAGCAGGGAUUUGCUCUGCUGAUAUGGAGAGGGCGACCUGA